AUGACACGAAGACAGGCUGGUCAAAAAGCUGAAUUUGUUACAAGUGAGUGUAUUAAAUGGUUUUUUAGUAAGCAGCAUGUGACAGAUAACAAUAACAAUAACAAUAACAAUAACAAUAACAAUAACAAUAACAAAAACAAUAACAAUAACAAUAACAAUAACAAUAACAAUAACAAUAACAAUAACAAUAACAAUAACAAUAACAAUAACAAUAACAAUAACAAUAACAAUAACAAUAACAAUAACAAUAACAAUAACAAUAACAAUAACAAUAACAAUAACAAUAACAAUAACAAUAACAAUAACAAUAACAAUAACAAUAACAAUAACAAUAACAAUAACAAUAACAAUAACAAUAACAAUAACAAUAACAAUAACAAUAACAAUAACAAUAACAAUAACAAUAACAAUAACAAUAACAAUAACAAUAACAAUAACAAAACAAUAACAAUAACAAUAACAAUAACAAUAACAAUAACAAUAACAAAUAACAAUAACAAUAACAAUAACAAUAACAAUAACAAUAACAAUAACAAUAACAAUAACAAUAACAAUAACAAUAACAAUAACAAUAACAAUAACAAUAACAAUAACAAUAACAAUAACAAUAACAAUAACAAUAACAAUAACAAUAACAAUAACAAUAACAAUAACAAUAACAAUAACAAUAACAAUAACAAUAACAAUAACAAUAACAAUAACAAUAACAAUAACAAUAACAAUAACAAUAACAAUAACAAUAACAAUAACAAUAACAAUAACAAUAAUAACAAUAACAAUAACAAUAACAAUAACAAUAACAAUAACAAUAACAAUAACAAUAACAAUAACAAUAACAAUAACAAUAACAAUAACAAUAACAAUAACAAUAACAAUAACAAUAACAAUAACAAUAACAAUAACAAUAACAAUAACAAUAACAAUAACAAUAACAAUAACAAUAACAAUAACAAUAACAAUAACAAUAACAAUAACAAUAACAAUAACAAUAACAAUAACAAUAACAAUAACAAUAACAAUAACAAUAACAAUAACAAUAACAAUAACAAUAACAAUAACAAUAACAAUAACAAUAACAAUAACAAUAACAAUAACAAUAACAAUAACAAUUGUACAUCCUUCAAUAGUAAAAAACUGAACACCAACGUGAGUUGGCCCAACUGUUCGUGCCGUUAUUAAA